CUGGCCUACACAGAGCUGAAGACUCGGCCCGACUCUCUACCCGUAGUGCCAUGAAGGUGUGUUGGCUGCUGAUAUUGGUGGGCGUGGCGGCAACGGCGAUGGCGGCGUCGCUGCCUGAGGACCCCGCGUCGUGGGAGCCGGAGCCAGACGAGGGCCAGCGCACGAGACGCUCGGGGUCCGGCUCCGGAGGAAUACUCAGCUACAUCAAGGAAAAAGUUUCCGGCAAAAUCGCGCAGAUCGCGUCCGCUUCCUCGUCCUCCGGCAGCGACCACGAGCCGCCACCAGAAUACGGGCCGCCGGUCGAGAGCUAUGACCACAAAUCCUUCGACAUCUGGAGUUUCAAGCGUGCACUGCUGUCGUCAUUGCUGCAGGCUGUAAAGGCCAUCAAGGGCGGCAUAAUUGCACUUAAGGGCCAGCUAAUUAAGGCAAAGGGAAACGUCAUUGAGGCAAAGGGACGUUUCCUGGCUGCCAAGGGUGAAGCCAUCUCAGAAUUCGGUAAACAUGUGGCGACCAAGGCAUUACUGGAAGGGGAACAUGAGGACGAACAUCCACACAGCCAUAGCAGCGCACCCAGCGGACCUCCCAGCGGCUACGCUGUUGAGACUGUACACUCAGGUGGGUACUCGGGCCCGCCGCCGCCCCCUGUAUACGGGCCACCGCCGUCGGCGCCAGGCCUGGUGUACGGCGCUCCCUUCGCCAAGAUCGCAAGGGCCGCUACGCCGCCUGCCCCUCAUCUCGACAAGCCUGGCCCAGGUGAAGUGCAGGCAGGUUUGCUGGUGCUGAAGCCCAUCUCGUUGCCAGAGCCGCGCGGACACUCGUCGCACUCCACAGCUGCCACGGGCCAUGUACCCGUCCUGGCGCCAGCGCCUCCGCACAUCUUCCCACCCACCUGGGUCUAUUAGAAGGUUCCACGUGCUGUCGCCGCAUAACGGAUGAUUCCUUCAUCAAUUCACCCAUUGCAACUGACGAAAAUCCGUUGACUGUUAUUGAUAUCACAGCGUCAUUCAUUUCUAUGAUUAGACUUGUAGUUUCAUAUACGCUGAUAAUCUUAUACAGGAGCAUGGACUCCGUGUUCGACUGAAAAAAAUCAUAACAAAUAUAUUUCGUACAUAUUUGGUGUAUUUACAAUUGUAUGAUACUAUUAACUGUUUGAGGCAUUAGAGUUUAUUAGGCACGCGUGACUGUAGAAAAAAAUAUUUAGACGUAUCUAUGACAGUUUGUUCGAUCGAAUGCUAAAUGUUGUUGACGUUCUAUCUGCUCUUUUCGACCUAAUCAAGUGUAGUCAUUUGUGAAGUUCUUUUCCGGCUCUUAAACUUAAUAAGACGAUGCACUUUUUCAAUUCACGACAAGCAUGUUUCCGAAACGGGUAAUAAACAACGCUGAAGUUUUAGUUCAGUAACAUGCAUAUUAAUAAAUGGAAUGACUGAAAGUAAAAGUUCUUGCCAGUUAGGCAAGUAUACGCACAGCGGUUAAUGCAUGCCAGUAUUUAUUCUCGAACUGAUAGGUUAUAAACAAUAAUUUGCAUAUCUCUGUACUAUGUAGAACCACUAUCCCAAUCAAUGUAACACACAUUAAGAUUUAUUGUUGCUAUUAAAGUAAAUACUAGCGAUUUUUGUAUAUAAUGUUAUCUAGAUACUAAGUAUCGUCGUACAAUGUACUAAUUUGUAUUUACGUAACUUUUGUAAUAAAAAUUUUAAUAAAAUGAA